ACCUCUUCAGAUUCUCGAACAAAGCAAAACAAACUCAAAACAUUAGUUCUUUCUUUGUAGUGCCAGACUAGUAGUAAAUAGUAUGGCCUCCUUCUUGUCUCCAACAACAAUUUCGCUUCAAUGGAACCCCAAGAUUAUUUGCUUCUCUCCUUUAAAACCACCUUCCCAAACUAAUCUCUCUUCUUUGUCAAAUCGUUACAGAAAUAUUCCUGGAAAGUGCCAUGCAUUUUUUGGUGACAUCCCUGAUGAUCUUUUGGACCAGUCAUUUUCUCAAUUUCCACUUUUUCAAUCUGGUUUUGUGCAAUUUCAGGAACUAUCAGAGGUUCAAAAAUGGGGGUUUCUUGUUUUUGCUGGGCUGGCAUGGAUAUAUCUGACUGCAAGGCCUGGUGUUCUUGUAGGUGCCAUUGAUGCAUAUGUUCUAGCUCCUUUGCAAUUGGGUUUUGACAGCUUGAUUGGGAGGAAGAACUUGAAAAUGACUGAUUUUGUGAUAGGAGAUAAACUAGGAGAAGGGUCUUUUGGUGUGGUGUAUUCUGGAGUGAUUGUUCCAAAGAAUGUUACUGUUGAAGAGAGAGGCCAGAGAAAGGGAAGAGGCAGAUCACUAGAGUUAGAUAGCCGGUUUAAGGAAAAGGUUAUUCUAAAAAAGGUGAAAAUCGAAGUUCAGGGGGCUGAAGAAUGUGGUGAUUAUGAGGAAUGGUUUAAUUAUAGGCUGUCAAGAGCUGCUCCUGAAACAUGUGCGGAGUUUCUUGGAAGUUUUGUUGCAGACAAAACAAACUCACAGUUUACCAAAGGUGGCAAAUGGCUUGUUUGGAAAUUUGAGGGAAAUCGAAGUCUUGCUGAUUACAUGAAAGAUCGCAACUUUCCUUUUAACUUAGAGUCUUAUAUGUUUGGACGAGUCUUGGAAGGUGUAGAUUCAACAAAAAAGAGUGCAUUGAUUAUCAAGCAAAUAAUGCGCCAAAUUAUAUCUUCCCUGAAAAAAAUCCAUGACACAGGCAUUGUUCACCGGGAUGUAAAGCCAGCCAACUUGGUAGUGACAAAGAAGGGAAAGAUCAAGCUCAUAGACUUUGGAGCUGCCACUGAUCUUCGGAUUGGCAAAAAUUAUGUACCCAACCGUACUCUGCUUGAUCCAGAUUAUUGCCCUCCUGAACUAUAUGUACUACCUGAGGAAACACCAAGUCCUCCUCCUGAACCUGUUGCUGCUUUUCUUUCUCCAAUUCUCUGGCAGCUGAAUAGUCCUGAUCUGUUUGAUAUGUACUCGGCCGGGAUUGUACUCUUGCAAAUGGCAAUACCAACCUUGAGAUCUACAGCAGGCCUAAAGAAUUUCAAUUUAGAAAUAAAGACAGCUAAUUAUGACUUGAAUAAAUGGAGAGAGUACACCAAGUUGAGGCCUGACUUAACCAUUCUUGAUCUUGACUCUGGAAGAGGUUGGAAUCUAGCCACAAAGCUUAUUUCAGAGAGAGGUUUCCUCAGAAGAGGACGACUAUCAGCAGCUGCUGCAUUGAGGCAUCCUUAUUUCUUAUUGGGUGGUGACCAGGCAGCUGCUAUUCUUUCAAAAUUCAGUUUAUCCAAGUAGUUUCACUACUUGCUGAUGGAUGCAAGGAUGAAAAGAGUUGCCAAGGCAAGUGGCACAAUGAUGUUUUUGCCAAUUGAUCAAUAUUGUUUUUUUUACAAUGGAUAAUCAAUUAAAGGUAUGUGAUAGCAUAUUUCUGUUUUAGAAACUGUUACUCACAUUCUCCUUUGGCCUUUCAGCCAAUACAAGAGGUCACAAUGUAAUUUUACAUUGCUUUUGAGAAAUGAAUAUAUGAAAAGUUCACUCCUUUUUUCCCUUA